ACAAAUGCGCUGUUUCGGCAUAGUUCACUGAAGCCAUCAAUUCGACUUGUUGUGAAUCACUACGAAGUGAUGAAAGUGCCGCCAGCUUCAAUGUCGCGCAAUUUGCAUGGUGGCGGGGAUGCAAUACGUUUACUGGACCUAUUUUGUGCCUAUCAAGCCAAAUUAACUCGAAACAGCACGCGCUACAAACACUGGGACCAUGCGCUUUUGCUUACAGGGUACGAUCUGUAUCGUGGUAAUGUUCGAACGGUUGCUGGUUAUGCACCAGUGAAAGGCAUGUGUACCGAAGCAAGAAGCUGCACAAUCAGUGAAGGCCUUGAUUUUGGUGCAGUUUUUGUGAUAGCACACGAAAUGGGCCAUAGGUUGGUCCUCGGUUUAUUUUUGGAUGCAUUUCAGGACGUCUGCAAAAUGGUUUGGUGUGGUAAUGGUGAAGGUUUGAUCCGCAGUGCGCAUCCUGCUCUUGAAUAUUCCUACUGUGGACACCGGAAGUGGUGUAAGGAGGGCCAAUGUGUCGCAGCUGCAACAAUUGAGGACAUGGUGGUGCGGCAUGGCGAGUGGAGCUCCUGGAACGAUAUUAGGAGAGGAGAUUGCGCCUCAGAAUGUGUACCCUGCCAAAUCAGUGGGCAGAUUCGAUUGCGAAGAUCGACAAGGCUUUGUGAUAAACCCUUGUAA